CUGUAAAAUUUGGAUUCAGUCAAAAGGACCUAGAAGUACACAUAUGGCCUAGACGGAAAGGUUUCCCAUCCCUUUGAAGCUAUAUUGCCAAAACAAACACACGCACAAAAACCCAAAACCAGAACAAACGAAAAAACGUAGCUGAAAUAGACAUAAAGGGUGUGUGUAUUCAGAGCCUUGAAGACGUGGAACUUUCUACACUGAUCGCUUUGGUAAACACAGGCAUUUUCCAGUGGAUUCGUCUAACGGAUGAAAUGUUUUAGUUCGGACCGAGUUUGGAAAUGUUCUAGUUCGGACCGAGUUUCUCUGGUUGUGCCUGAUCCCAGCUGCACCUCCCAGGCCCCGCGGCUGCCGCGCCCUCCGCGCUCUCCGCGCCCAGGGCCACCCGGGUCCCGGAGGCGCCCUCCACGUGUCCCAACCUCUGCGCCCCCUUCCGCCCUGCUUCAGCCCCUCUCUCCUGGCGCAGCAGCUGGAUGCCGAGCGUCAGCAGGUACAGGGGAGAAGCUGGCAGAAUGUGCCUCCUUUUACCCAAACGGUUCCGUGUCUUUCCCUCCAAUUUUAAAAGGCCCUGCGGUUACCUGCCCAGCGCGCGGCGUCUGGGCAUGUAAGGAAGUGUGUCUGGCAGAGCCUGCAUGCGGCGGCGUCCCGUCCUCCUGGUCCCCUUUCCUAACCAAAAAGUGCUUCCGGAGCUCGGCGGGGCCGACGCGGCCACACCUACCUGAGCCAGGUGAGUCCAGGGCGGGGCGCGCGGGGCUGCCGCUCCUCCUCGCUGUCCCGCGCCGGUGUCGCCUCAGCUGCCCGGGCCGUGCCGCUUCCUCAUUUUGGGGAACUUCCUCGGCGCGCCGGGGCAGGAGGCCCGUACUUCCUCUCGGCCCGGCCCGGCCCGGCCCACCCCAGUCCACCCCGCUGACCGCGCCCGUGCGACCGGAGCUGGGAGGGCGCGGGCGGGAGCGCCGGGCCGGGGGACAGACGCGGGGCCGGGGCGCUCCGCCCUCCCGCGGGGCUCCGAGGGCCGGGCACCGGGCGGCGCGGGGACCCAAGGUGGGACUGCCCACGCCGCGGCUCGCCCAGGACCCGGGGGCACUGGCCCCUUCCUUGCAGUGCAACUGCCGGGGAAGAGAAUCUUCAGUGGAUGGGGUGUGCACUGUAGUGCGCAGGCCGGUCAGCCGGGGAGGACCUGCUGACCCCGGGACCAGGGGGCCCGGGCAAUCCCCGAAGAGGUGA